AUGGAAAAUGUAAUCUCCGGCUCUGUGGUGUGGCUCAUUGGCGCCCAUGAGCUCCAAUUCUACAACUGCGACAGAGCCAAAGAGGCCCAAAUGCAUGGCUUUCAAACCCUAGUCUGCAUCCCAACCCCCACCGGCGUUCUCGAAAUCGGUUCUUCAGAUUCGAUCAGAGAAAACUGGAGCCUGGUCCAGCAGGCCAAGUCGUUAUUCGGGUCGGACUUCAUCUGCUCGGUAGCAGACCUGGAAACCAGAUCCCCCAUUGACUUCAUAAACCGAAACUUCUCUUUCGCCGAUAUCGGAAUCAUCGCCGGCAUAGAAGAAGAGGAGGACGACAAGAAGGAAGUGGCGCUGGACUUGACGAUGAUGAAGAGGAAGGGUGGAAACCCGGGAACGGGUCUGUACCCGGAUCCAAACUCGAACCCGAAGCCAGACUACUCGGACUUCGACAGUGGUCCCCAACGGUUCUACGCGCUGCGGGCGGUGGUCCCCAACGUGUCGAGAAUGGACAAGGCGUCGCUGCUAUCCGACGCCGUUUCUUAUAUCAACGAGCUGAAGACGAAGAUGGACGAAUUGGAGGGGAUUGGGUUUGAUCGGGAAGAAGGGAAACAGAGGUUCUAGAGA